AUGCCGCACCCCAAAGACCCCUCUGCCCCGGCUGCUGGCGUGAAAGCGGCCUCCGUCACGAGGGGGAACCACCCCGCCUCCCUCCCGGGGAGCCACGGCAAGCUCUGCCUCAGCAGCGUUCAGCGUCUGCGCCGCAGAGCUGCGUCACGGCUCAGGUUGCUCGUCUUCGAGGUCCCUGGGACAGAGGUCUUCUCCGCCUGGAUUGCAGCUCCAGGGUUUGAGCUGUCGCUACGAGCUGUGGGCGUGCGGACGCCCGCGCUGCCCAGAAAGCAAGGACAAGAUGACAGCCUGUCUCCUAGGACCAAGGAUCCAGUGCAAGGCAGUCUCCCCUCCUGCUCAAGGGGGACAACACUGAAAAAGAACAUGCAGGACGUAGCUCACACUGAUGCGGAGCUCAUGUCCUCCAUGAUGCAACAAAUCACUCUGUUGGAACAAAAAAUAGAGAAACAAGCACAAGAAAUCCAACUGAAGGAUAGGAGGAUUGCUGAACUUGAAGAAAAGACGAAGGCUCUUCAGAAAGGAGAAGAUGCUCCUGACUCAUCCACAGCAGAGGAACUGGAAAUUCGGUGCCUUCAGCUGCAGACGCAGGUCUGGGAGAUGGAGCGGUUUCUAAAUGACUAUGGCCUGAUCUGGGUUGGAGAGAGACAUGAACAGCCGGAAGAUUUAGAAUCGCUCAAGGAUGAAGAAGAGCUGCCAGCAAGGAGCCUCUGGAAGCCAGGUGAAGCACGUGUCUCCAAACACCAGAUUGAUUUUGAUUUAAUCUUGGAAAACGUGAAGGAUUUGAACGUGCUGGCCGGAGAAGGAGUUUCUCAAAUCGAGCACACGCCUGGGGGUGCUCGGCUGAGGCAGCCAGAACCCCUCCCUCUUACGCUGUACCGAAACGGGAUCGUCAUGUUCAACGGACCCUUUCGGCCCUACGAGGACCCAUCAGCGCAGCAAUGCCUGCAGGACAUUGUGGAUGGCUAUUUCCCUUCAGAGUUGCAGAUGCGCUACCCAGACGGCAUCCCCUUGCAGGUCACUGACAGAAGGGACGUGGUAUUUCGGGAGAGACACCUUCCAGGGAGUUUUCCUGGCCGCGGCCAAGCGGUUGGCCAUUCAAAAUCAAGCGAGGUGCAGGAAACCACUGAGAUCCCAGGUCCCGAAGUCUCCUUGGGGCAGUUGCUCAGUAAGCUUUCCGAGCCCUUGAACCAUGGAGGAGAGGCGCUCGGUGCCCGCGGCUCAGCCAGAGCAGCACAGCAGGGCCCUGGUGGGGUGCGGAGCAGCAAAGGGAUCCUCGUGGAGACGCCCAGGCUGUCUGCCCUGGAGAGGGGGAAGACGGCCAAAGAGGCUGAAGCUUCUGCCCCCGACGUCUGCACUCUCCGCAUCAAAUCUGAGAGCGGGGAGCAGACGUACGUGGUCAAGAUGCUGUUCACGGAGACCAUAGGGGACCUGCGCCAACACCUUGCCCACGCCAGGGGUGGAGACUCCGACGCGUAUGAGAUCAUCAGUACCUUUCCCCAGAGGGUGUACGCGGACAACUCCAGGAGCCUGCAGGAAUGUGGCCUGAUCCCCAGUGCCUCCUUGCUGCUGCGGAGAAGAGACCCCUCCCAACAAGGGGGGACGGGGCUGCAAACAACUUAA